AUGCCCACCACCACUCAUACCACGACCACCCGGUCGCCUUUUGACACCAACAACCUGGGCAUCAACACCAACAAUUCGGCCCCUGUUCUGCCACCUUACCUUCGAGCCAGUAGCCAGUCUCCGUUGCAUUCUUUUCCUUUCUCGCUGAGCAACACCUUUCCUUCGGCCAUCGGAACAGGCAUUACAAAAGAAAAAUCGUCAACCAAAAUGGCCUUGGAUAAUUCAGAGAUCAUGGACUUUGUCACUCGCUAUCAGACCUUGCAGGGCUUCCAGAACGCCAGCGACCAGCUGAUGAAGGGCCAAUAUGCCGGUGAAAAUCAAAUGCUCAAGCAGGAGCUGCGUAAUGCAAAGCUUGACCUCGAGCAUGCCACCACUUCCAGAAGAGAGAUGCAGCAGGUGCUGCAAGAGCUUGAUUAUGAUAACAGCUACAUGAAGAAUCGCAAUCCCUACGUCUUGAUUCUAAUUGAUGGAGACGGACUCCUUUUUCAAGAAUCGUUUAUCAGACAAGGCAUCGAGGGCGGCAAGCAAGCCGCCUACGCCCUCCGCACCGCUGUUGCCGAGUACGUUGGCAGCCAGUCGGGUGAGGUUGAAAUCGUCGCCAAAGUUUGCGCCAAUCUAUCGGGCCUUGGACGUGCUAUGUGCAGAGAUGGCUGCCUCGACAGCGAGUCCGAGCUCAAGGAGUUUUCUUUGGGUUUCACCCAGGCCAAAGCUUCGUUUGAUUUCAUCGACGUCGGUCACGGUAAGGAACGUGCCGACUCGAAGAUCAAAGAGGCCACCCGUUGGCAUUUGCGAAACUACAACUGCAGACAGAUUUUGCUUGGCAUUUCCCACGAUGCGGGUUAUGCCCCUUUUCUCGAUGAGAUUCUUCAGGAUACAGAUACUCGCUCGAGAGUCAGUCUAAUUGAGGGCGUCGCCACGGUCAGAGAGCUGAAAAACACCAACGUUCAUAUCCUCGACCCGCUGCCCAGCCUUUUCCGAAACCAAAAGCUCAUUGAUAGAAGUAUCGACCGCGCUUCUGAACGCGCCGAGGCGGCCUACGCCAGAUCUUCAGCGGCGGCGGCGGCGGCUCCGACACCUUUCUAUCCGGCUCCAUCUAGAGCGUCUUCAUCUUCGCCUGUGGUGGUUGUAGCUUCGCCGACCUCGCCUCCUGACACAGCGGUUACGACAGCUUCUUCUUCCUGGGCUGGAGUUACUGCCAAGGCAAGCCCGCCCCCAGUCAUCACCACCCCGUUGGCCAAUAAAGCUGCCAAUGUUCCGGCUCGAAAGGCUACGGAGCCCAAAGUGUCGACACCGGCGUGGAACCCUGGCGAACGUGGCCUUGACGCUCCCAUCCCCAUCAACCCGACGGCUAUGGACAACAUUAAGAAACGAACGGGCAAGGACAAGCUGUGCAACAACCAUUACCUGCGUGGACCUUGUGCCAAGGGCGACGAGUGCUGCUUUGAACACAAGUACAAGCCCAACGCGGAUGAGAUUAACGCCAUUGCCCACUUGACUCGUCUCAACCCCUGCACCAGCGGUCAGGAGUGUGAUGUAGACAACUGCAUCUAUGGACAUCAUUGUCCCAGCAUCACCGGAACCACCUGCACUCACCCGUUUUGCAAGUUCAGAGUUGAGGACCAUCCACCUGGCACAAAGUUCAAGAAUGCCAAGAUUCACGAAAACUGA